AUGGAUGAAGCUUGUAAUAACACGCCAUACCUGUCUGUGCCUGAUUUCUACUCUGGGAAGUCAGUUUUUGUAACUGGUGGCACUGGUUUUCUAGGAAAGGUGCUGAUUGAGAAACUGCUGUAUAGUUGCGAUAAAAUCAACAACAUCUAUGUAUUGUUGAGAAAUAAAAACGGCGUUAGAACCGAGGGGAGACUGAAGGAAAUGCUUAAAUGCCCUGUCUUUACGAGAUUACGUGAACAAAAACCAGAAAGUCUACAAAAAAUUAAACCUAUACAAGGUGACAUUACUAGUAAUAAUUUAGGAAUGACAAAUGACCAACAGGCAUUGUUAGAAAAGGUAUCAGUUGUAUUCCAUUUGGCGGCGACCAUUAAGUUCAGUGAACCCCUAAAAACUGCUGUCAAUGUUAACUUGGAAGGUACAAGGGAAGUUUUACGAGUAUUCAAGCGGUUUAACCAUUUAGAAGCAUUCGUAUACGUUUCCACUACAUUUUCUAAUGCAGACAAAGAAGUAAUUGAAGAAAUCAAAUACCCUCCCCCUAGAACUCUCAAAGAAGUGUAUGAUUAUAUCGAACAAUCAAAUGAAUGUAAUAAAGAUGAGAACAUUGAUGAAUUUUUAAAUGGGUUGCCUAAUACUUACACUUUUACUAAGGCACUGGCUGAAAGCCUUGUUGUAGAGGAACACGGAGAUAUACCAAGUGUUAUUGUUAGACCUUCUAUUGUAACACCCGCCGCAAAAGAACCGAUGCGAGGUUGGAUCGAUAAUUGGCUGGGUAUCACGACAUUUAUAUUGUCUGUCGCCAAAGGCUGGAUACGUGUUCUGUACGGAAAUAGAUAUUUUGUUCUUGAUCUCAUUCCUGUGGACUACGUUGUUAAUCUCAUCAUUAUCACAGGAGCCAGAUGUAAGAGAUCCGGUGAAGUACCGGUUUAUAACAUCUGUAGCAGCUCAUCGAAUCCUAUUUCUUCGGACUUGCUUGGAAAUUUAUGUAUGAAAGAAAGCGCAGCUACCAAAUUUAAUGAUUUUCCUCUGAUCGGUCUUAUAUACACAACAUCGGCGCGAUUGGUAAAACUGUUUUCACUGUUAUUUGAAACUAUACCAGCCUAUAUAGCCGAUUUCUGGAUAUAUAUAACCCGCACUCAGAAAAACAAAUUCUCCUACGUAAAGGCUCAAUCAAAACAGUCAAUGAUGAGGGAAGCCAUGCACUAUUUUCAAUCUCGAUCGUGGCUGAUGAAAUCGGCGCGUACCAGUGAACUGUUUGCAGCUCAGUCUGAUCACGAUCGUCAGCUAUUUCCUUGUGAGCCCACAGAUAUAAAGUGGACAGAAUACAUUCCCACUUAUAUAUACGGAAUGAAAAAAUUUUUAUUAGACACUCGCACAGAAAAUAUGAAAUAA